AUGAUGAGUGGCGCACUGUGGAUUGCUCUUGGUUCCUUGCUGCUGUUUCAUCUCGGAUCGGCACAAUUUCUAGAGGACGUUUGUGGAUUUUAUAAUCCCCAUAACGGGGGUAAAUUCCCUCCAUGGUCGGCCGAAAUUGGGAACGCUUCUAAGAAAAUUUGCUCUGGCACUCUUAUUAACAAACGUUUGUUUCUAUUCAUUGUUCGUCUGGAAAAUAGCAAUUAUGCGGACAACUAUGUAACAAAGGCUUACAUCCACAGGUCAUAUUCAAAAGGCAAAAAUGAGAAUACCAUAGGUUUGCUUAGAUUGCAAAGGGAAGUGGAAUACAGUUCUCAUAUACAACCAAUAUGCAUUUCUACAAAUCCGGAAGAUCAAACAAGCGAGUCUACCUUUGAAAAAAUUAAUGAAAAGCCUGAAAUAGAAGGUUGGUGCAAGUUUGCAUCAUUUUUUGGUGAUGCUUGUGCUGAUAAGAAAAUUGAGAAAUAUUUAAAAUCCAAGUUUAUUGGAAGUCCCUGGAAUGAAAUAAUCUCAGAUGGACCUUUACUACGCUACGUACAACACGGAAUCCUAAGUUAUCGCAAUCCAGAAACAUAUUCUGACGUUUAUAUCAAUGUUUUUGCCUAUAUCGACUGGAUACUGGAAAGGCUAUCAACGUCUAGUUGAUUUCAUUAUUCCACAAUCCAUACAUAUUAAAUAAA